UCUUUGCACAAAGCCCAGAGCUGUUGUCCUGGGGCAGUGCAAAGAGAAAGUGGAGAAUUCGGAGCCUAGGGUUGUGUAAACCUCUCUCACCAUGUGGUACCUACCGUGCCUGUUGUUUUGGGUGUUCCCGUGGGUCUGGGUACAAUCUGAAGCCCAGCAAAAGAAUUUCCCCUUCCGCUGCCUGCAGAUCUCUUCCUUCCCAAACAGUAGUUGUGCAACUACCGAGGGCUUGGCCUGGCUGGGGGACCUGCAAACGCACCGGUGGAGUAAUGCCUCUGACACCAUUGACUUCCUGAAGCCCUGGUCCCAGGGCAAAUUCAGUGACCAACAGUGGGAGCAAUUGCAGCGCAUAUUUCAAGUUUAUCGAUUCAGCUUUACCAGGGACGUACAGGAAUUUGUCAAAAUGCUGCCUAAUGUACAUUAUCCCAUUGAGAUGCAGUUGUAUACUGGGUGUGACGUGUACUCUAAGAAUGUUUCGGAAAGCUUUUUAUAUGCAGCAUAUCAAGGAGCAUAUAUCCUGAGUUUUCAGGGAACUUCCUUUCAGAAGGCCCCAGGUGCCCCACCUUGGACAGAGUUGGUCAUUAAAGUGCUCCACGGUGGUCAAGGGACAAUGGAAACAGUGCAACGACUUCUGAAUGAUACCUGGCCCCAGUUUGCCCGUGGCCUCCUGGAGGCAGGGAAGGCAGAGCUCGAGAAACAAGAGAAGCCUGAGGUCUGGUUGUCCAGUGGCCUCAGUCCUAAACAUGGUCAUCUACAGUUGGUGUGUCAUGUCUCUGGCUUCUACCCAAAGCCUGUGUGGGUGAUGUGGAGGCAGGGUGAGCAGAAGCAAAAUAGUACUCAGAGAAGUGACUACCUGCCCAAUGCUGAUGAGACAUGGUAUCUCCAAGCAACCCUGGAUGUGGAGGCUGGAAAGGAGACUGGCCUGGCCUGCUGCGUGAACCAUAGCAGUCUAGGAGGACAGGAUAUCAUCUGCCGUUCACAAGAUGACAAACAUUCACCCAUCGCUAUUAUCAUCGUGGUAGUACUAGUAGUAUUAUUAGUAUGUGCUGUGUUGGGUUAUUUGAUCUUCACCAAGAAGCGCUGCUCCUAUCAAGACAUCCCGGGCCGGGCGGUAGUGGCGCACACCUUUAAUCCCAGCACUCGGGAGGCAGAGGCAGGCGGAUCUCUGUGAGUUCGAGACCAGCCUGGUCUACAAGAGCUAGUUCCAGGACAGGCUCCAAAACCACGGAGAAACCCUGUCUCGAAAAACGAAACAAAACAAAAAAAAAGACAUCCCGUAGUUCUUCCUUACUCCUGCCUUUCCUGAGCCUCAGACCUUCCGGCUUUUAGGACUUCAGUCCUGGUUGGCUGAGGAACUGAGGAGGGUAAAAGAACCUUGAAGAAAGUGAAGAGCAACCAGCACACCCUUUCGGCAUUUAUUUCAAAAAUUAAUUUCUUUUUCAUUGUAUUACAAGUUUAUAAAAGCCCAGGUUGUUUGAAACAAAUACAAUUGCAAAUAAACAUACCUAC